GCCUCUUUAGCAAUUUGUCUCAUACAAUCUCUCAAUUCUCUCUAGCUACUCACUUUCUCAAUUUAACUUCAACAAAUAUGGAACCUUUCGGUGUAUCUAAGAAGGUGAUCAAGUGUAUAGAUGACGAAGAAGAAGGGACAAGCACCAUGGAUGGAACUGUUGAUUUCCAUGGCCGACCAGCUAUCAAAGAAAAAACUGGUCGAUGGACAGCUGGAACUAUCAUCCUCGUGAACCAAGGGUUGGCCACUUUGGCUUUUUUUGGAGUUGGGGUGAACCUGGUGCUCUAUCUAACAAGGGUUCUACAGCAAGGCAAUGCUGAGGCAGCAAACAAUGUUAGCAAAUGGACCGGAACUGUGUAUAUAUUUUCACUCGUGGGCGCUUUUCUUAGCGACUCUUACUGGGGCAGAUUUAAAACGUGUGCCAUCUUUCAGACCAUCUUUGUGUUAGGAUUAGGAGGACUAUCUGUGGCAUCGAGCAUGUUCUUGAUCACUCCUAAAGGUUGUGGCAACCGAACGGUUCCAUGUGGGACACACUCGAGCUGGGAGAUAGGGUUGUUUUAUUUAUCGAUAUACAUGAUUGCUCUAGGAUAUGGGGGUUACCAGCCGAAUAUUGCUACAUUUGGAGCUGAUCAAUUUGAUGAAGAGGAUAUGAAAGAGGGAUACUCAAAGGUAGCUUUUUUUAGCUACUUCUAUCUUGCUCUCAACAUUGGUUCGCUCUUCUCCAACACUAUCUUGAGCUAUUUCGAGGAUGAAGGGAUGUGGACACUUGGGUUUUGGCUAUCAACUGGGUCAGCCUUUGCAGGACUCGCCCUAUUUCUUUGUGGGACUGUAAGGUACAGGCAUUUCAAGCCAAGUGGAAACCCGUUAAACAGAUUUUGUCAAGUGUUUGUGGCUGCAUCCAAGAAGUGGAGGGUUAAGCUGCCACAGGGUGAAGAGGCAUUGUUUAUAGAUGACAAAGACGAUUCUUUAAGUACCGGGAGGAAGAUCCUUCAUACACAUGAAUUCAAGUUUUUGGAUAAAGCGGCAUUCAUUACCUCAAGAGAUUUCAAUGACCCGAAGCAGGGAAGUCACAACCCGUGGACUUUAUGCCCUGUUUCACAAGUUGAAGAGGUGAAAUGCAUACUGAGAUUGCUUCCCAUUUGGCUAUGCACCAUAAUAUACUCGGUUGUAUUUACACAAAUGGCGUCUCUUUUCGUUGAACAAGGUGCAGCCAUGAGAAGUACAAUCUCAGGCUUUCAAAUUCCUGCAUCUAGCAUGUCUAGUUUCGACAUUUUAAGUGUGGCCCUUUUCAUUUUCCUUUACCGGAGAGUUAUUGGGCCUCUUGUGCUAAUGUUCAAGAAAAAGGACUCAAAAGGGUUGACCGAGCUUCAAAGAAUGGGAAUUGGGCUCAUAAUAGCAAUACUCGCAAUGGUAUCAGCUGGAAUCGUGGAAUGCUAUAGACUAAAGUAUGCCAACCAAGAUUGCCCUCAUUGUGAAGCCUCGAGCUCGUUGAGCAUAUUCUGGCAGGUACCCCAAUAUGCAUUUGUUGGUGCCUCGGAAGUUUUCAUGUAUGUAGGUCAACUUGAGUUUUUCAAUGCACAAGCACCAGAUGCAUUAAAAAGCUUUGGAAGUGCCCUUUGCAUGACAUCCAUUUCACUCGGGAAUUAUGUCAGUAGCUUCAUUGUAACUAUUGUGAUGAAGAUUUCAACAGAAGACCGUAUGCCAGGGUGGAUUCCAGGAAAUCUAAAUCGAGGUCAUCUAGAUAGGUUUUUCUUCCUUCUAGCUGGAUUAACAGCCGUAGAUUUAUUAGUCUACAUUGUGUUUGCUAAAUGGUACAAGAGUAUUAAACUUGAGGGGAAGAAUCAAGACAACGACUCUGAUGACUCUGAAGACUCUGAAGUCUAAAAACUGUAAAUGGUUAGCUAAAAACAUUCAAGUUCAAUGGUCAUAUGAUCCCGAAUAUAAAUAAAUAAGACGUGGGAUGGGGUUGCUGAAAGCGAAAAACACUCUGAAUAUGGUUUUAUUCCGCUGAUAAGAGGAAAGAAAAAAAAUUGAGUUUGCUUAAGGCAGGAAAUGACCCUAGUUACCAUAAUCACUUACAUCUAAUCUGCAUUAGCUAUUCAGGAUUAUUAGGAGCUAAGGGAGGCUGAUCUGCCUGUAAGGCGCUGAGUGUAGUUACUUUGGGCUCAUGAUCUUAUGUUCAUUCUGUAUGUAUGUACAACAAGGCACUGAUUUAACAUGUGUUUUGUUAUUUGUGAGUUGUUUUCUGUAUUAUGUAACAAAUUUAUGCAUAUGUGAGCUCUAUCUUUUUUC